AAAGAAAGUACUCUUAACAAUUACUGAUAGGAAUGUGCCAACACUCCUCGGUGCACAGGAACGGUACUGUCAUAAUCUCAGAGACUCGCACAGACUCGCCGAUUCGCCAAACAACAUGAAGGCUCUCCUUGUUUUUACUGCCUUGGGAUUUGUCCUGGGAGAUAUCGGACAGAUCGUGUACUACCACCCCGAGCUCGUCCACGGCUACUCAAUGGAGUAUCACAGCUACGCCGACAUCAUUGUGGUGAGGAACGCUACUACUUGCUACAUCGUCGACGUCACCGCCGCCAUCGAGACCGACCUGAGGCACAGCACAACGAGGAGAACGAUAGAGGAGGAAAUCUACAACCAGAUGGUGAGUCACAAGGGGGAAGUGGUGUCCUCCAUCGACAAGAUCCGCCAGCAGCUUCAGGACAUCCGUGCUAUAGUCGAGUGUUUCAACCACAACGUCUACCAGAUCAAGUACAUGCACUCAACAUCGAAAUCAAUUUAAUAAACCUAUCGAAUGUACA